ACGACGAUUCUGUUUUUAUUUUGAAACCGUGAGCGGAAUAAUUGUCAAUUUGUUAUACACAAUCACAAAUUGUGUUGUGAUCUACCUUUAUUAUGGAAAAUUGGUCAAUGGAGACACCAUCAAGAAUAAACGCUGAAAAUAUACCUCAAACCAUAACUCAAAAUCCGAGUGAACUUACAUUGGGUUCGGCGUGUACAGAAAACGCUUUUCAAUAUCCAGCAUUAUUUACAAGCAAAAGCUUUCUUGAAUUGUCCACUUGCUCGUGGUCAAGGGGUCGUAAUGCUAAUGAGAAUAUACAGCCUUAUUUACGUGGAUGUAAGUGGUCCCCAGAUGGAACCUGUUGCUUAAGUGUUGUCAAUAACGAUGGUGUUCAUGUUACCGAGCUUCCCAGUGAAUUGUACCAGGGCGUUGUUUGUGGCGAUCGUAUAAUCGAUGUCUUAGAAUCAGUGAUACAUUUAAAAGAAACAGGUUCAGUUUACGACUUCUGUUGGUACCCAUUCAUGAACAGCACAAAUCCCCCUUCCUGUUGCUGGUUGACAACAAAACAAAAUUCUCCAAUACAAAUGUGGGAUGCAUUUGAUGGAUCACUCAGAUGUUCAUACAGAGGAUUCAAUGCAGUAGAUGAAAUGGAACCAGCUUUAUCAGUUAGCUUUACCUCAGAUGGUAGAAAAAUCAUUGCUGGCUAUAAGAAGCAUUUAAGAAUUUUUGAUGUUGAGCGGCCUGGCAGAGAAUUUACUGAGCAAAAGAUUUCUAGUUCAGCAUCUAGCAUUUCAACACAAAAUAACUUAGUUGCUGUUGGUUCUUGGAAUACAACAAUAACUUUGUAUAAUGAAUCCGAAAUUGGUACUAAGAAAAUUGGGGACAUGUAUGGACAUGGAGGUGGAGUAACGCACAUGAAAUUCAUUCCUGGUACUUUGAAGCUUGUUUCUGGUGCAAGAAAAGAUCACAGACUGUUUGUUUGGGACAUACGGUAUUAUAGGAAACCACUAAACAUUCUGAGUAGAGUUGUAAAUACGAACCAACGAAUUUAUUUUGAUAUAUCACCUUGUGGAAAAUAUUUGGUAUCGGGUGGUACAGAUGGAGUGGUCAAAGUUUGGUCACUUGAUCAUAUAGAUUGGCAUUCUAGUUUAGAUCCAGUUAAUAAUACAACUGAUGAUGUUACUUAUAAGUUUCCUUUAUACAAAGAUUGCUGCAAUAGCAUAUCAAUUCAUCCAUAUAGACCCAUAUUGGCUACCGGAUCUGGUCAAUAUCAUUUCACAGACCCGAUAAAAUCUUUGAGUGAGAAAACGAAUAAUGAAGCCGUAGAUUCUAGUUCUGAUGAUUCUAUUAACCAGUAUGAUAUACGAUACUCUAGUCACAGUGAAAAUUGUUUGACGUUCUGGUGGACUGGGGAUGUUAUAGAAUUAAAUAAAAACCUACGUCGUUGUGUUUAAGCAGAUGAAUCUUUAUGUAUUUCAAUUUAUACAUUUGUAGUUGAUGUUGUGUGAAAAAAUGAAUGUGAUAGAUGAGUUUCCACUUUAAAAAAAUUUACAUGACUUAUGUUGACUCUGACCUUCAAGCCUUCUCUUUUCUUAUGUUGGCAAUCAAACUGAAAGUGUCAAAAAUCUUUGUGAUUUUUUUUGGUUCAAUAGUAUUUAUCGAGUAGUCUGAUAUGUAGAUAUGAAGAAUAUUUUUUAUAUUGUCUACCCUAUUUAAAUACACCCUAUUUACAAGUAUAGUUAAAGUGAAAGGUUUUCAACUAUAAAGUUGAAAAUAACGAAGUUUGGGGUUCCCGGUCUACUUAUUAUCAUUUAACAUUUUACUGGUGAUAGGA